AUUUCUCACCUUACACUAAUUUGCUUCAUUUUGCAAUCUACUUCUCUCUCUCUCUCUCUCCCUUCGAUCAAAGAAAGAAAGAAAGAAAGCAACGAAAAUGGUGAACAAGAAGCCUCGGAUUGUGAUAAUUGGUGCAGGAAUGGCAGGUUUGACAGCAGCCAACAAACUGUACACAAGUCCUGGUUUUAAUGAUGUUCUUGAGGUGAUUGUAGUUGAAGGAGGCAACAGAAUUGGAGGAAGAAUCAACACUUCUGAGUUCUGCGGUGACCAGAUCGAGAUGGGCGCAACAUGGAUCCACGGCAUUAAAGGCAGCCCAGUUCAUAAGAUUGCCCAAGAAAUCAAUUCCCUUCAUUCAAAUCGCCCAUGGGAGUGCAUGGACGGCACAACUUCCGACCCUUUAACCGUGGCUGAAGAUGGGUAUGUUCUAAAUCAAACCCUUGUUAACUCCAUUACUUCUCUCUUCAAUACCCUCAUGGAUUUUGCUCAAGCCAAAGAUUCUGAGGAAAAAAACACUACUAUUAUUCCUCUUCUUAAGCCUGCUGCUAGUGUUGGUUCUUUUCUUAGAAAAGGACUUGAAUCUUAUUUUGAUUUACAAAAAGAAGAAGAAGAAGAUCUGAAUGGCUAUGGCAAUUGGACUAGAAAGUCACUUGAGGAGGCGGUUUUCGGGAUGCAUGAAUGCAUCCAGAGGACUUAUACUUCUGCCGACGAUUUAGAAAGGCUGGAUUUUGAUGCCGAGAGUGAAUACAGGAUGUUUCCCGGCGAAGAGAUAACCAUUGCCAAGGGAUAUUCCAGCAUUAUUCACUCUAUAGCCUCUGUUUUGCCCCCUGGUUCAAUUCAGUUAGGGAAAAGAGUGACCAAGAUUGAGUGGCAGAAGCAGAAUCAUAACAAUAAUCAUAAUAUUAAUGAUGAGCCAAACGGGUUGCCUGUAAAGUUGCACUUCUUGGAUGGUUCUGUCAUGAUGGCUGAUCAUGUCAUUGUGACAGUCUCAUUAGGAGUACUAAAGGCGGCGGCAAGUUCCACUCUGUUUGAUCCUCCACUUCCAAAUUUUAAAACUCAGGCAAUUUCAAGGCUUGGAUUUGGUGUUGUCAACAAGCUGUUCUUACAAAUCCAAGAACAACCCAAUUCCAACAAGUUCCCAUUCUUGCAAAUGGCUUUUCACCCACCAGAUUCGAAAUUGAGGAACCAAACAAUCCCCUGGUGGAUAAGGAAGACAGACUCCCUAUCACCAAUCUACGGCAAAUCGAGUGUCUUAAUUUCUUGGUUCGCCGGAAAAGAGGCAAUGGAGCUUGAAUCUCUUGAAGAUGAGGAAAUCAAGGAUGGGUUCGAAAAAACAAUUUCCAGCUUAAAAGUGAUGUCAACAAAAGAGAUAAAGUUCAGUAAGGUGCUGAAAAGUAAAUGGGGGAGUGAUCCACUGUUCUUGGGGUCGUAUAGCUACGUGGAAGUGGGUUCGAGCGGAGAUGAUCUAGACUCGUUGGCGGUUCCUUUGCCGGUUUGUAAUAAUAAUAAUAAUAAUAACUUGUCUCGUCCACUUCAAAUUUUAUUUGCAGGGGAAGCAACACACAGAACCCAUUACUCAACCACACAUGGAGCAUACUUUAGUGGACUUAGAGAAGCUAACAGGCUUCUUAAACAUUACCACUUGAUUGGAGGACUAUGAAAUUUUUAUGAUUAUUAUUAUCAUUAUGUUUGUUUCAAUUAUUAGUAACAACAGUUAGUAUUAUUUUUUCCCUUA